GGGGCGGGGCUUCAGCCGAGUGGGAGGGAAGGAAGAGAAAGGAUAAGAAAGGGAGUGGAGCUGGCGCCUACGGUGGCCGAAGAGGGACGCGCCGAGCCGGAGGCUGCAGGAUGAUGCGAUUCAUGCUGCUAUUCAGCCGGCAGGGAAAGCUGCGGCUGCAAAAAUGGUACCUGGCCACAUCAGACAAGGAACGGAAGAAGAUGGUUCGGGAGCUCAUGCAGGUGGUUCUGGCUCGCAAGCCCAAGAUGUGCAGCUUCCUGGAGUGGAGAGACCUCAAAGUAGUCUACAAAAGAUACGCCAGCCUCUACUUCUGCUGCGCCAUCGAGGGCCAAGACAAUGAGCUCAUCACGCUGGAGCUGAUCCACCGAUAUGUGGAACUCCUGGACAAAUACUUUGGCAGCGUGUGCGAGCUGGACAUCAUCUUCAACUUUGAAAAAGCUUACUUCAUCCUGGAUGAAUUUUUGAUGGGGGGCGAUGUCCAGGACACCUCCAAGAAGAGUGUGCUGAAGGCUAUUGAGCAGGCAGACCUGCUGCAGGAGGAGGAUGAGUCGCCGCGCAGUGUGCUGGAGGAGAUGGGUCUGGCAUAGCCCCUGCCCACCCUGCGGGCCACGUGGAGAUGGGGGAGCUGGUGGAGAGGCAGGGCAUGAUGGCUGCUUCUCCUGUGCCUCUCCCAGGGCCCUUUCUGGGGCGACCCUGCUGCCCCUCUUCUGCUGCCUCACCCCCUUUUGGAGUGAGCUAUGGGCUCAGACCCAUUAAACAUUCCUUCCCUCCACCCUCUACCUCCUGUUUCCCCAUUUCCCAUGGAAGGUUUUAAGAGCUAGGGGGCAGGAAAAUGUGACCAAGACAAGGAGGGGGUGCUAUCUGGCUUUCAUUCCCUGCCUUUGGAGAACCAGUGGUAUCCCAGAUUUCUCCCCUCCCUUACAACUGUAAAUAUAUAAAUAUGUCAGGUUAAAGGGAAAAGAUUUUUCAGGGCUCUUCUCGUCCCUUUGCCCCAUAACCUACCUCCACCCCUCUCCCUAGCCAGCCAGGGCAGCUUCUCUGCCUGGAAAGGGGGAGUGCUUCCAUGUGGUGAGAGGGAAGGCCUUUCUCUCCCGGCCCCCCCUUCCUCCUUGGCUGCAGCAGGGCCUCCGCCCAGUGCCAGGGGAGGAACAACUGAGUUAAUUUUUUUCUAACCUUGCCACUGAAGGGAAGGGAGGGUUGGGGGAAGGGUGGGCUUUAUUGAACCCUGGCCCUGGCCCUCCUACACUCUAUGUUCUGGGUGAGGCAGGAACUCAGGGGGCAGGGAGGGGUUAGUGUCUUCCUUUACUUCCUUUCUUCUGAAAUAAAAGGAAAAGCAUUUCUGGA